AUGGCAGUUCAAACCUUCACCAGCACAUCCAGCAGCAGCUCCUCCUCCCCAAUCAACACACCCCUCAACUUCGGCCGCGGAGGCUACAACGGCCCCAACAAAAGUGACGACGAAGAGGAUAAUUCCCGUCCUAUCAUCUGCGUUUCCAACUCUUCACUACGUCUUCGUCGUGGAGAUGAUGAUGAGGAGGAAGAUGGAAGAGGUGGAUAUAACUAA